AUGCAAACAGAGUCCAGUUACCCAGCUCAAGUAAUCGCUGAACAAACCGCCUCAAGCGGCUUUGUGCCACCGUCAUGGUCUGACUUAGCCCCGUUACUCAAAGCAUCUUCGUUGUUAUGGAUAUGCAUUUUGCUUUUUGGGCUAGCCCGCUCAGCUAUUUACCAAUCAUUUCAUUCGGAAAAGUUUCGCUCUAUUCUCAAACAGGCGAAGCGGGAACGGCGAACUCGCGCACCUCUUCUAUUGUGUGCGAAGGCCAUCCGUAAUCUACGCGUCUUUCUUUUCAGAAACAAGUUUCCAGAAACUGCUACGGCGCAAUUCUUUGGUCUGCCUCGAUUCAUCUCAGGUGUGGUAGUGUGCAUUUUGUACAUUAUCGACACUUAUAUGCAGGGGAUUCCUUUACACUACUACGUAUUUCAAUGCAUUUACGGAGUCGCAAUAUCUAUCAAUCUGUUUCUGGCGUUUAUUUAUGCCGAGCGGCCAGUACUGUUUGCGUUUAGUCUGAAGACCAUCGUGGAGUGUUUGUCUAUCCCGAGUUUGAUGCUUUCUUCGGGAGGACGAUGGUUAAACUUUAACUUUCUGCAAGCCUACUGCAUUCUAGUUGAAUGGGGACUUCUCGAGAAGUAUGAUAUUGUCAUGAGAAACAAUUCUACUCUCACACGCCUACUGAUCAACCUCUUCCUUCAGCUGCUCACUUUUCUAUUCAUCACCUCGUGUGGAGUACAGUUUUUUGAGUUGCUUGGCGAUCCUGGACAAACCUUAAGGUCUGAAACGUUUCAGAUUACUUGGGCAAAUUCUGUUUACUUUGCAGUGGUAACACUGAUGACUGUGGGGUACGGGGAUUUUGUGCCUUACACACUUCUUGGACGAAUGUGGAUUGUGUUUCAUAUUAUAUUCGCCGCAUAUCUGGUUUCGAGAGAAAUAUCGCUGCUCAUAGAUGCCUUGAAAAGCAUGCGUCGUGGCGGAGGCUCUUAUGUAAACUCGUCAGGGACAGAACAUGUCGUAGUUACAGGUCGUGUCAAGUGGGAGUUCUUGCAACAGUUUGUCAAAGAAUUUCUUGCAGAGGCGAGCAAUCUAGACACUAGAGUCAUUAUCUUGACCUCGAACCCGAACUGGACUGAUGAUGAGUGGCUUAAGUUUGUCGCUCACAAUCCAUUUUUCGACCAUCAUCUCAUGUACUUGGAUGGUUCGGCUCUGAAGACAGAUGACUUGAACAGAGCGCACGUGGGGGCCGCAAGGGGGGUCUUCGUACUCGCAGACCCUCACCGUCGAGAUCCUUACAAAGAAGACUCUGACAUUCUCAAAGCUGUUCUGACAAUUCGCAACUACUCUGGAACCGUCCCUAUUUAUACUCUUAAUACUUUGCAUGAAUCAUCAUUUCAAUUCGGUAUAGCAAUGGAGCACCUAGAUCCACUUGCUAAUGAUCUCUUUCAUCGCAUUGGAUCUGUCUUGCCCUACUCUAGGACUUUUCUUGACAUCCCACAAGGGCCGUUAACGGGACAAGCGUUCGAACGUGGCAUUCAAGACAUGCGGUCCCCAGAUUUAUCCGCAAGAAAUGGCAUUGAUCGCGAAGACUCGACCGUUCUUGACACAGGGCCCCAUGAUUUAUAUUCUAGGGAAGAAGACUUUGGUGGUAUGGCGAACUCCUCUGAUGGAAUAAGCAUCCAAGGCGGAACGCAAAGGGUGAACAGCAGACAUUCUCUUUCAAAACAUAAUGGUCAGCAGCGGAAGAGUGAAAGUUUAUGCGUACAAGAGCUGGAGACUGUACUGCUUGCUGAGAAUGUGUUCUGCAACGGCCUAAGCACUCUUAUUGCCAACGCAACACUUCGCGUUGCGCCGCAAUCGAACCGCAAUGAUCGUCCAUGGCUCGUUGAAUAUAAACUGGGGGCCGAGUGUUGUAUUCAGCAGUUUCUAGUUCCCGAAGAUCUAGAUGGUCUCGCGUUUGGAAGAAUUGGAACCAUUCUGCAAGAUUAUGGACUUGUUUUACUCGCUGUUCGGCGACCAACAGACAAAGAGUGGAUUCUACUAACAGUGGAGAUAAUCUUAGAAGCCAAGAUGGUAUGUAUGGCGCUAUCGUACCAUGACCAUAGUGUGAUUGGCAAGAUAGCAGACCACGCAGCUCAGUUUAUUGUACAAGAAAGUGGUAUUGUGCAAGAGACAACUCAGGGGGCAGACCGGAAUGAGUUGAAACGCAGACCUACCACUAGAUCGGUCCAAAAACUCGAGGGAGUCGGUGAUACUGUGAAAGGAGAUUUUAGACAUUUUGAUUCUGAUUCAGCUGCUUCCGACAUUGUGGAAGAGUCGCAUGUGACAACACGAGUUCCUGUUGCCGGUGGUGAGAAAGACAUGGCUCGUCCAUUUCCUGCACCUAACUCGCAGAAAACAAUCGAUAUGUCUGAUUCAGGCGCACCAGUAGCUCAACAACUGUCUCUCGCAAAUACAGUGCCAAAGAAAGUCAUAUCGCGAUCAAUGUCCACAUCGACAGCUCGCGAUUUCAAACGAAUGAGACGAAACUUCGAAGAUGACAUAGGUGAAAGAGCUGAAAGCAAACCUGCCGCACCCAGGCGGCUGUCACACACAGGAAAUCGUAAUCGCAGUAGUAGCCAAGAUUCCUCAAGACGUGACACGAGGCCCAAGAAAUCUAUUUAUACGAACCAAGACAAGCUUCCCGCUGCUCUGCGGGGUCAUAUAAUUAUCUGCUUGGACGGCGAGAGCCCAUUGAUUAAUCUUGAAGUUUUGCUGCGACGAAUAUGGCUAGCGAGAGCUGGGGUGAAGAAGAAUGCCCCUGUUGUUGUCAUUCACCCACGCUUUCCGAAAAACUUUCCCCGGCAGAUUGGAGGUCACAAGGACGGGCUGUUUUUGUUGCAAGGCAAUUCGUUGUCGUUGGACACGCUGAAGCAGGCGCAGUAUCAGAGUGCACGAGCAUUUCUCAUCAUGGCUUCCGAGAGCAACCAGGCCACCGGAGCUGGAUCAACAGAUUCGAAGGCAAUUUUCACCGUAAUGACCCUUGACUCUCUUCUAGCGGAUCAAGACAGUUUCGUCUGUUGCGUUUUGGACGCGGAGGAGUCAUUACAGUUGCUCCGUGCACCAAAGCAAGCAAGGCGUGUGGGAGUAAAUCUCGGUGAACUUCGCGAAUCUGACGUCUUCACGUACGAAUCUUCCCCCAUGGACACGCUACCCGAGCGCACUUUUUCUUCUACCAGUUUAGUUCGGAGACUUCCACCAUCACCGUUUGUUGGAAACUACGGCGGUUCGGCUCAUUACGGUACGUUUUCCGGCAUGUGGCCGCCCGACAUAGCCGCAAAUCUGCAGUCUCGAAAGCCUUUUAAUAGGAAUAGUCGCCUACGACUAAAGGGAAUGACUCGUUCAAGCAGCAUGCGCUUGGACCAUGAUGAUUCUAGUGAUGACGAUGACCGCCGCGGUUCCGAUAUUCAUACUCUACGAGAUCAGCACCAUAAUCAAGAAAGGUCUGGAGAGGAAUAUUACGAGCGGCAGCGUUACGCAUCGGGAGAGAUGGUAAUUUCUUCGUUGUUUACGGCGCUUCUGGCGCGUGAGUACACAGACCCAGGAUAUAUCCGGCUAAUCCGUCAGUUAGUUGGUGCAGCAUCUGGGUCGAAAGGUAGUUGGAUUCGACAGAUUGAUAUUCCGGAGGCUUGGACUCGUGCUGAAAAUGCUAUAGAUGGUCGAACUUAUCGACAAACUUCCCAGAAGCUGCUUAGCAUGGGCUCGAUUGCCCUCGGUCUCUAUCGUUCAGGUGAUGCAGCGGUCCGCGUGGAAACAGAAAGUGAGCAAUGGGAACGUCGGGUUUCCGAGGUUGUUUAUCUAGAAGAAGAAGAAAUAUCUGUUCUCAGAUCAGAGGCGGAGUCCAGGAGCAUUGCCAGCAGGUUAAUCAACACCGAAGCUUACUCAGACCGCCGCUUGGGGCGGGCAGUCAGUGGACAUGGAAGACAAGAGUCGGCUAUUUUAACAGGCCCGGGUCUGCGUUCGAAUAGGGUAUCAUUCUCCGAACAGUUAAGAACGAGAGAAGACUUGGACGAAUUCGACAAGAGGCAUUACACGUGCCCAUCGACAAAGCGCCGGAUCUUUUAUCAAGAGGCUGUCAACGGAGAAAACGUCCUACCAUACGUCUACUGUUGUCCAGAACCGUAUUCUCUGGUAGCGCCAAGCGACGCAGUAUUUGUCCUAUGCCAUCCUGCGACUAUCAUUCCUCCCAACUGGGGUGAGGGGUGA